UAAAAAUAAUUCUGUGACAAUUGUGUGUUUUUAAGCUAGAAAUCUAAAAACAAACCAAAAAUAUGCGGUCAUCCCGGUUGCUAAGGACAAGAAAAACCAAAACAAAAGCAUGUCCUGAAUCACCUGUUCGUUUUCACACUGUGCUGCAAACUUUACACCAAGAUCCUGCCAUGGCCGGUGCUCCCAACUGGCUUCACGUGGACACGGAGGACGAGAGUUCCUCCCAACAUCUCACCACACUGUCCAGUUGCAUGGCCCUAAGUGACGUGCAGUGCGACGGAUAUGUGCGGCUGCUGGCGGCGGACAUUUCACUGGACAACGCCGCCGAGGAGCCCAGUGCCACGCUCAAGGUUUUCCGUGGUCUAAAACUCAAACAGGAGCAGCCACUGCCGGGGAUUCCUGCGGCCAUUGAAAGUCUCUACAUCGAUGAAACGGAGCCCAAAACACCGGUAAUUGCCGUGGCCAUCGCCGAGUCAGUGCUCUUCUAUCGCCACCUAAAGCCGUACUUCAAGUACACAAUUCCCGCACAGGAGUCCGAGGAUCUGGAGCUGGAGGUGUGGCGCAAGCUGCCGGUUGUGAAGCCAAAUGCACAUCCCGCCCUGCUCGACUCCCUGAAAACCAUUGACCACUACAAGCUGUCGCGGAAAUCGCAGCGCCUUCUGCAAAUGGACGAGCAGGAGCGGGAGAACUUCAUCGCCACUCACAAGGACUCGCCAGUGGGUCGGAUUGGCAGUAUCGUGGCCAUGUGCUGCAUUAAGCGCAUCUCCAGCGAUGCCAAUCCGCCAUCCCACUUGGUACUGGCCACCGAUACGGGGCACAUCAUGAUCCUGGAGCCGCAGGGUUUCAAUUUGGUCUAUCAGGGCAAGGCAUGCGACGAUGAGACUGCCGUGCCGAGCCUGAUCUCCGUGCAGGGAACCUUUGAGACGGAUUUCUGCAUCGUGGUGGCCACGCGGAAUGGCGGUGUUUAUCUCCUGCGCAAAAGUCAACCUGAGGGGCAGGAGAUUUUCAAGCUCGGAAUUCCACUAACCGGUCUCCUGCUGCUACCCAUCGAUCAGACGAUAAUCGCCUCCACCAUGGACAAUCGCUAUCUGUGCUACUCAAAGCGCGGCAAGCUGUUAUACCAGGUGCCUAUGGCCGAUCUGCCCGUUUGCCUCCUUCCGUUGCCCCUCACCCAUCUGGGACUCACCCUGGUGGCCAUUGCGCUCAGAGGCGGAGUGGUCAAGUUCUAUCUGCAGCGCUAUCUGGUGGACGAGUUUGUUCUGGAGGAGACGGUGGACGCCAUGCUCUACGGACGAAUGGGCAUGGAGGAUCAUGUGCUCACCCUCGUCACUCAAUCUGGUGGAAUCGUGGUGAAGAUCCUGAGACGUGUGUCCCGCUUUGAGCCCAAACCUGGGGAUCUGGCCAACAAGCGAGCAUUGGGCGAUCACAAAUCCAUCGUGGAUGCCUCGAUUCUGGAUAAGCCCAAGAAGAGCUCCAUCUUUGUGGAGCAGGCUGCACGAGAGAAGCAGCAGGCCAAAUCAACCUACGGCAGUUUCCAAGUGGAGCUGUGGCGCCUUCGCCACACGGCAGCCCGGGCAACCAUCGAUGCCAUCAACUCCUCGGAGAGCACCAUAUCCGGAGACCUGACCCACGCCCCCGUGAAGCUAUCCGCCGAGGUCUGCGGCAGUGGACCCGCAUUCCGGCUCUACCUCACCGUUCAGAACCUGUCCACCUUCAAAAUGGCCUCCAAUCUGGUGGUUCUGCUCCACGCGGACCGCCGCCACUAUACCAUUCAGCAGACAUUGGCCCGACUGCCCAGUGUCCUGCCAGGAGUUCCGCUGCGGGUGGACUUUGAGGUGGUGGCGGUACUGGAUCCCAUGGACAAGCUGCCACCGGCCAGCCUCACAGCGGACAACUCCCAGAUCCGGGUAAUGCUGAUGAAGGCCGGCCAGGCCAAGCCACUCAUCGCCGCCGCCGUUUCGAUGCCCCAAUCCGAGGCGGCCUUCUAAUAGAAAUACGCAUGUAUGUAAGCCGCUUGGAUAUUCAUAAUAAGAUUUCG